AUGUCUUUACCAACUCAAUUUUUUGGAACAUUUAAAGUUGAAAAAAGUGAAAAUUUUGAUGAAUAUCUUCAAUCAAAAGGAGUAAAUUGGGUUCUCCGUAAAUUAAUUACAUAUACUUCUGUAACAAAAGUUUUUAAAAAGUCAGAUUCUGAUGAUACUAGAUUUGAUUUUUAUAAUUUAUCUGGAAAAAAAAAUACAAUCAAUCAAAAUGUCAAGCUUGAGGAGGAAUUUGAAGAUGUUGGUUUAGAUGGAAAAAUUCAUAAAAUUUUAUUUGGUCUUCAAUCUGAUGAUAUUUUAACAGAAAGACAUAUAAGAGUUUGUGAUCCUAAUGAUAAAGGUGAAACAUACUAUUAUAAAAGAGAUGGUGAUUAUCUGAUUUUGGAAAUGAAAAAUGAAUCAAUUUUAUGUAAAAGAUUUUUUAAGAAAAUUGAGGAUGAUUUUAAUUCAUUACCAAAGAAGGUCACUCCAUAG